CUGCGCAAGGGCACGAAGAGUUGUGCUGAGUGCAAACGACGCAAGGUGCGCUGCGUCUGGCCUGCCGAUACGACCCAAGUUUGCAGCAAUUGUCAAAUCCGAGACCAUCCGUGUAGUCCGCAGACCCUCAUCCCAUCAACGGACAGCAAUCUUUCAGUAAGCGAGUCACAGCGGACCCGCGUCUUAGAAGAUGAGGUCAAUCUACUGUGGGCUGCAGUUCGCAGUCUUGAGGCAACGCUCACAAGCUGCGCACGAGCGCAAUCCGUAUCACUGCCGAUAAGCGAGCACAAUCGUUCGGAAGCGCCCGUCGAGCAGUCUGACCACACGUCCAGAGAAAACAAUCUGAGUCAUGCUCACCCGCGGUGCCAUCUUCACCAGCUUCUUGAUACCCACAUCCUGGACUCGCAAGGCACAGAAAAAACUUGGCAGGAAACUGAGGAUCAGACAUCGCUCGUCGACCUCGAGGCACUCAACCACUCUGCAAGACGGGAUCUGCAGCCUCUUCUGCCGGCAAGGAGUGACGUUGUGGCCCUUUCAGCGCAUUCUUUCGUUUGGUCGCGCGUCUACACUAGCUUGUUCCCUGGUGUCCAGAUGACAGCUUCAGCUGAAGAUAUGCUAGACCAUUAUAACGAAGCUUGCAAGCCCGACAUCGAUGCCAGAUCCGUCGCGAAUUUACUGCUGUCGUUGGCUCUCACUGUUCGUCAGAUACCAGCCGAAGAUCUCGAAUCACUCGGGUUGAGCAUGUGUUCUCCCGCUGCUUUCCCUGAGACAAUCUCCGUAGCAGUACAUCGAGUUGUGCUUGUUGAGGACGCACUUGCCGCAACACUAGAAGGUAUCGAGACUAGUCUACUGUUCAUCAGACUGUCGCUCGCAUGUGUCAACAUCAAGAGGACAUGGCUACAGCUAAGACGCAUCGUCGCCCUUGCCGAAAUGAUCGGCCUGCCCCGCACUGUAGCCCAUCUAGACAUUACAAACACUAGUCUUGAACAGCUUCGUCGCUACCAGAUAGCAUCAGACCUUUGGGAGGGCAUCUGCAUGCUUGAUCGCUUCGCUGGCACAAUGUUUGGUCUCCCCACAGGAACAGGGUCGUACCGGCUAUCACCUCCAAAACCUCUCUUACGCGAUGGCAAAGUUGUACCCCAGGUCUACCUUCGCUACCUGACCGACAUGGCCCUCCAGAUACAGACGUUGGACGAGUCUAGCGCCGCCGGAAAAUCAGACAUCAGCAAGCUGGCGCAAGUACAUGAGAUCCAUAAAGCACUCGAGGAUCUCGCUUUGUCCACACCUGAAGGAUGGUUCGCCUCCCUGACCAGCUAUCUCUCAGCGGAUCACAUGUUGCAAUUCUGGCAUCAAUACCUAGUCGUGCGAACGCAUUUGUGCUUUGCACUGCAACAUGACGACGCAGGUCGAUAUGGACACCACUAUAAUGCCUGCAUUGAUGCAUGCCGAAGCAUGAUAUGGCGCUACGUCACUUUGCGACCACUGAUACCAUCUGGUAUCUCUCUAUGUAGAGUGCUGGACUUUCAAGUAAUGACAGCUGCCAUGUUUAUCUUGUGGACCUAUAGCGAGACAAGCGCCCAAGUGGUGACCACGAAACUGCCUCAGCAAAUCAGAUCUGCCGAUCUGUUCAACCAACUCCUGCCAGCCAUGAAGACCGCAUCAGACAGACCAGGCGGUGACUUCGCCCAUAAAGCAGCAAUCGCUCUUUGCUCUCUCAAUUCUUAUAUGUGUAAUGAGGAUCUGAGCCAGGAAAGUCUGACUUUAAGAAUUCCCAUGCUAGGCAUCGUCACGGUCCGCCGUAGACCGGCACUUCAAAAGCAUCCAGGCUCA